AUGCUCUCAACCGCCAAUAGACGUGCAGCGCUACUCCUGGCACGCCCUGCGCGCGCGUCGGCCCCGAUAAACUCUUUCCGCGCCCUGUCAAUCUCUAGCAGGGCAUCAUCCGCAUCCGUGCCGAACGUUUCGAAGACAAAUGAAUUACCUCAAGGGAAGCAGCAAGAGGAUGAUGUGCUAGUGCAUGAGAACAUUGAAAAUGCACAGAGAUUAAGGACCAUGCAAGAGCCGAACAGGGCGACUACUUGGUCGAGGAGCCAGAAGACGAGGGAAGCCGCUAUGUCCGGGCCAAGAUUUGAGCAGACGAUUGUCGAGUUGCAGCCUGCACCAGCAGCAGCUAUCGAGCUCAUCCACCAGCAACCAGUUCGCUGGGUCCACGGGAGGACAGUCGAAUGCGACGGUGGUGGAGGACCAUUGGGCCACCCCAGGGUCUUCAUCAACCUUGACAAGCCGGAGAUCAGCACCUGCACAUACUGCGGUCUGCCAUUUGCCAGCGAACACCACCGCACAUACCUGGAGUCCCUCUCUUCUACGCCAUACCCUUUGAUUCCACAGGGAAACGCCGCAGAGGUGAACCUGAACCAGCGCGUUACUGAUGGUGCCUUUGAGCAAAGAUAG